GCACGCGGCUCCCGGCGGCUGUUUACAUGUGGCCGUGGUAGCGAGCACAGCCUCCUCUAGGAGCCUUCUCCACCCCACCCCGGCACUAUCACUCUUACAGGGCUCCUUCACACACCUGCCUCCACUCUCUCACCCUAGUCUUGGGCCUCUCCUGUAAGAUGACCCGCGUGGACCCGUCGCUGAUGAGCCCCACUGAGGAGAUGAUUGGUGAACACCAGCCCAGGGAGCACGCCGAGCCCCUCAACCCACACACCAAGUCCCUCCAGCUGGACGCUGAUAGCGUCCAAUCGGAAGACAAGCGCGACGGAGGAUGUUGGCAGGUACGGUACACAUUUGCCUUCCUGGCCUUGGUGGGCAUCGCUCUCAUGUACGCCAUGAGGGUCGUUCUCUCCAUCGCUAUCGUGGCUAUGGUGGGCUCCAAUGGCCACCAACAGCACGCCAACGUCACACAUGAGGCUUCUAAUAUCUGCCCGGACUCCGACGCCCUGGAUCACGGCGACGUCAACACCUCCACCAGCAUCACCAAGGACAGCGUCUUGGAGGGCGAGUUCGCCUGGGACGAGACCAUCCAGGGGGUGAUCCUGGGCUCCUUCUUCUGGGGUUACUGCUGCACCAACAUCAUGGGAGGGCGGGCGGCCGAGUACAUGGGCGGCAAGUUGGUGUUCGGUCUGGGCAUCGUCCUCUCCGCCCUCCUCACCGUCCUCACCCCCGUCAGCGCCAGGAUCUCCACCGAACUCCUCAUCGCCGUCAGGGUCCUCGGAGGCAUCGUACAGGGCGUGGUGUUCCCAGCGGUCAACUCCAUGCUGGCUACCUGGAUCCCGCCUACAGAGAGGAGCAUGUACACCACUAUCGUCUUCUCAGGUUUCCCGCUGGGCACGGUGGUGUGUCUGCCUGUGGGAGGAUGGCUGUGUUCGUCGGGCUUCUUGGACGGCUGGCCCUCACCCUUCUAUCUGUUCGGUGGUCUGGGUCUGCUGUGGGGUGUGGCCUGGUUCCUCCUCAUCCAUGACCGCCCUGAGCAUCACCCGAGGAUCUCCAAGCAGGAGUUGGCUCAUAUUCAGUCCUUCGGAACUAGCAUCAAGAGAGCAGAGGUGGUGUCUCUACCUGUGAAGGACAUUGUGCUCUCACUGCCCUUCUGGGGCCUGAUGGCUGGCUCGGUGGGGUAUGACUUCGGCUUCUACACCCUCCUCACUGAGCUGCCCACAUACCUCAAGAACAUCCAGAACUUCGAUAUGAGUCAGAAUGGCCUGAUGUCCGCACUUCCGUUCCUUGUGAUGUGGCUGUGGGGGUAUGUGUGGGGCUCCCUCAUGGACAGGUUCACCGCUGCCAGUCUUCUUCCUUUGCUCAGCAUCAGGAGACUCUCCAUGGCAGUGGGGAUGUAUGGCCCCAUGAUAGGUCUAGUAUUGAUGUGCUUCGUCAACUGCAACACAGUGCUGGCCAUGGUGGUGCUGUGCAUGGCUGUGGGCAUCUCCGGUAGUGUCAACUGCGGCUUCCUCUGCUCUCACCAGGAUCUCGCUCCAAACUUCGCAGGAACGUUACUGGGGCUGACUAACACUGUGGGGUCUUUUGCUGGCAUCCUUGCUCCUAUGAUCACUGGCAGCAUCACUGAGGGAAAUCAAACUCUGAGUGCCUGGAGGUCGGUGUUCCUCAUCACCGUAGCUGUCUACUGCGUCACCAACACACUCUACAUCAUCUUCAUCUCCUGCAAAGUCCAGCCCUGGAACGAGCCCAAGAUUGACAAAGAUGGCAAGGAGUACAUAGUGGACCAGGAGACGAGGGUAACAAUGGUGUCAGACGAGACCAGGGAGACUUUACUAGAGAAGAAUAUCCAGGAAUGCUAGGAGUUGUGUGCUGGAACUGAACCUCUCACAUGUCUACUAGGAGCUGUGUGCUGGAACUGAACCUCUCACAUGUCUACUAGGAGCUGUGUGCUGGAACUGAACCUCUCACAUGUCUACAGAAGCUGUGUGCUAGAACUGAACCUCUCACAUGUCUGCUAGGAGCUGCAUGCUGGAACUGAACCUCUCACAUGUCUGCUAGGAGCUGUAUCAAGAAGUCAUAUUCACCUCACCCUGUUUCUUGUGAGGCUUCAUAUUUGAUUAUGCAUUGCUUAGGGUUUUGUCGUUUUUCUUUCAUACAUUUUUGUAUAUUGGCUUGAGCAUCAUCAUCAUCUUAGAGAAUCAUACCCAAGCAUCAUCUCAUUACAUCAUCCCGAAGCAUCAUCAUCCCAGAGCAGCAUCCCACAUCAUCAUCCCAUUGCAGCAUUAUAUAAUUUAAUGUUAAUUGCUCUGCAGUAUCAACACACUGACAAGAUCAGACAAUGAAAAACAGUAUCACUGAGAUAUAAUAUAUAGCUGUAAGUUCCAGACUUGUUUUAGGUUGAACAGUGUUUUAUGUUCUUUAUUCAAGGCAAUGAUGAAGUAUUCUGAGUGAACAUAAUGUAUUAUGUUCUUUGUUCAUAGUAUUGAUGAAGUAUUCUGAGUGUAUUAUGUUCAUCAUUCAUGGUAUAGAUGAAGUGUUCUGAGUGAAGGGAAAGGAACUAUGAGGAGAAAUCGCCAAGCCAUUACGACAAUAUAGCACUUGGAAGGGAUCAGGAUAAGGAUUUAGAAUGGGACGGGGAAGAAAUGGUGGCCAGUCACUUGGACAGUCAGGGAUUGAACGCCGACCUGCAUGAAGCGAGACCGUUGCUCUACCGUCCAGUCCAAAUGGUAGGAUGUAUUCCGAGUGAACACAAUGUAGUUUGUACCUCAUUCAUCAUACUGAUGAAGUAUUCUGAAUGAACACAAUGUAGUUUGUGCCUCAUUCAUCGUACUGGUGAAGUAUUCUGAGUGAAAUAAGGGAGUUAUAUAACACUGACUUGCAUUCAGUGAAUGCAACCUGAUAGGCCUUUAUUUUUUAUUAAAGUAUAUAGUAUUCAACUAUCUCAUAGCUAAAGCAAUUGCACAAAGUGUUGCUUAUAAUCUUUUUGUGAGAGGACUUGUUUCCAAGUGAUAAAUCGUCUGAAACUUUGAAGUGGCCUGUAGCAAAACAUUAAAAAAAAAGAGAACAUAUAAUUUCACAAUGAGUUUCCCUGCUAUGUAUGCUGCAUGUAAUGACCUACCACUGGGUGGCAAUGGAAACAUUUUGGAGAUUAUGGCUUUAAUGUUUAGCAAUAUGUUUUUGGCAUAUUGUAUAUGCUAGAAGUAAACAGUUUGUAAUACAGCUAUAUAUAUAUUUUUUUUUACUAUUGGUUAUCUCAUAUCUUGUUAAGGUUAAAUAUUUUUCAGCCUUAUAGUAUUAUUUUAUAAUGUGAUAUACAGUAUUUUAGGUAGAUUUUAGUAGUUCAGAUAAUAAAUGGAAUAUUUGUAUGACUGUCAGUGAGGACCUGUAUCGUUGUUGAAUAAUAAUUCCCUUGACCAGUAUCCAGAGCUGAGAGGUUGAGUACUUUUUAUAAUUAAAUAUCAGAGUAUCCACUCUUUUUAAAUAGACAUGGCUCAAUGUUUUGACAUGUUUGCACAAAUGUACAUGUAUGUGCCUACUUGUGCAUAUGUGCACAUGUGCACACACACACAGACACGCAGAUACAAACAAGCAUGGCCACAUCUGUACUGUAUAUGUGAAUCAAGUGACGGAAAUGAAGAACUCCGUGCUCACUGUGGACUUGGUAGUAAAGUAAGUCGGCAUCAGCUAGCGUUCUAAGGGUGUGAUCAAAUAUAUGUGACAUCAGGCAUUGAAAUUACAGUAAUAAUGUAUUAUAAAAAUAUAUAUUUUUUUAUGAUA